CACUCCAAAACCAAAAGAAAAACCUCACCAGUUCCAAAAAUAAAAACUUGCUAUUCGGGAAACCAUGAAGUCGCUCAACAAUGGCGAUUUGUUGAGACCCUCAUUCAUAGUGAAGAUCGCGAUCUCCCUUCUCGUAUCGGCUACAUUCUUCUACCUCGGCAAGAUAUGGGCCGAAAACUUGGAGCAGCUCGUCUUCUACACUCCCCGCCAAACUUCUUCCGUCUCAAUUUCCCCCAAUUUCAACGCUUCCUACAAUAUAACCCUAACCGUCACCGAGAAUACUCCUCCUCCUCCGCCGCCGGUCCUUCCGCCACCGCCGCCGGAGGCGGAGCAGAUGAAGAGGUUCGGGAUCGUGGACAAGAACGGGACGAUGUCGGACGAGUUCGAGGUCGGGGAGUUCGAUCCGGACGAGGUCGUGGAGAAUUGGAGCGCGAAUGGGACUGAGAUUGUGGAGAGCGAAGGGAGUAAUUCCGGUAGGGUUCGCGUUGAGAAGUUCAAGCUGUGUCCGAGCAGUAAGAGUGAGUACAUACCUUGCUUGGACAACGAAGGGGCGAUUUGGCGGCUCAAAUCGACGGAGAGAGGUGAGAAAUUCGAGCGGCAUUGUCCCAAGGCUGAUCGCGUUUUGAAUUGCUUGGUUCCACCGCCUAAGAAGUACAAGUCUCCGAUUCCUUGGCCGCAAAGCCGCGACCAGGUUUGGUACAACAAUGUACCUCAUAAGCGUUUAGUUGACGACAAGGGAGGUCAAAACUGGGUUUCCCUGAAGGGUGAUAAGUUUACUUUCCCCGGAGGUGGCACUCAGUUUAUACAUGGAGCAGACCAGUACUUGGAUCAUAUAUCUAAGAUGGUCCCUGAUAUCGCAUUUGGUCGUAAUACCAGAGUUGUGUUGGAUGUUGGAUGUGGUGUCGCAAGUUUUGGUGCUUAUUUGUUGUCGCAGAAUGUUCUGACUAUGUCAGUUGCUCCUAAAGAUGUUCACGAGAACCAGAUUCAAUUUGCUCUUGAGCGUGGUGUGCCUGCAAUGGUCGCAGCAUUCGCAACUCACCGUUUAUUAUAUCCGAGUCAAGCCUUUGACUUAAUACAUUGUUCACGUUGUAGGAUUAAUUGGACUCGUGAUGAUGGAAUAUUACUCCUUGAGGUUGAUAGGAUGCUCCGGACAGGAGGAUACUUUGUUUGGGCGGCUCAGCCAGUUUAUAAGCAUGAAGAAGUCCUUGGGGAACAGUGGGAAGAGAUGCUAAACCUCACGACUCGUCUGUGCUGGGAGUUUGUGAAAAAGGAUGGAUAUAAUGCCAUAUGGAAGAAGCCCUUAAACAACAGCUGCUACUUGAACCGAGAGGAAGGAACUCAACCUCCAUUGUGCGAUCCAAAUGAUGACCCCGACAAAGUGUGGUAUACUGAUCUGAAGGCGUGCAUCACUCGAUUUCCUGAAAAUGGUUAUGGAGCAAAUGUAACUAAGUGGCCUGAACGCUUACAGACUCCCCCUGAUAGGCUUCAAUCCAUACAGUUUGAUGCAUAUAUAUCUAGGAAGGAGCUGUUCACGGCAGAACACAAAUACUGGAAAGAUAUCAUAUCCGGAUAUGUCCGUGCUUACUGGAAGAGGAAAUCUAAAUUUAGAAACGUAAUGGACAUGAAAGCUGGCUUUGGAGGAUUUGCAGCAGCAUUGAUGGACCAUGGUAUGGAUGCCUGGGUUAUGAAUGUAGUUCCUGUUAGUGGGCCCAACACAUUACCGGUCAUAUAUGAUCGUGGACUUAUCGGAGUUAUGCAUGACUGGUGUGAGCCAUUUGACACGUAUCCCAGAACCUACGAUUUCUUGCAUGCCUCUGGCCUCUUCUCCGUUGAGAAAAAAAGGUGCAAUGUCUCCACAAUCAUGCUUGAGAUGGAUCGAAUUCUAAGACCCGGUGGGAAAGUAUACAUCCGGGACUCUGUUUCAGUCAUGGAUGAACUUAGAGAGAUUGGAAAUGCGAUGGGCUGGCGUAUAACUAUACGAGACACUGCUGAGGGUCCUCAUGCAAGUUAUAGGCUUUUUGAUGCCGAGAAACGGCUUCUACACAAAUGAAUUGAAAAGCAUUGGGACAAGGAGACCCAGAUGGUAUUUUUUUUUCUGAUCUUCGUCAGCUUGGUGAAGACUGAAAACGCAACGACUGUACGUUGGAAGAGAUUCAAUACUUUUUUUUUUUAAUUCAUUUUAAUGCAACUUGUAAAAUAUAGGAUCAUAACACUAGUUUAGCUAAAACUACAUAUUUUCCGUAGUUUUUGCAUAUAAUUUUUUUUUUCUGGUAAAGUAAAUGUGAAUUUCAUUUUUUUUUUCAACGCUGUAUGUGUUGCGUGGU